GAAACAGGUCCAGACAGGGAGAGCAUCAGUUCACUCACAGCUCUCUGAGAUCUGCGAAACCACUGCAUCCAACAUGGGCAAGAUCACCUUCUACGAGGACAGGAACUUCCAGGGUCGCUCCUAUGAGUGCAUGAGCGACUGCGGCGACAUGUCCUCCUACCUGAGCAGGUGUCACUCCUGCAGGGUGGAGAGCGGCUGCUUCAUGGUCUACGAUCGCCCCAACUACAUGGGCAACCAGUACUUCAUGAGGAGGGGCGAGUACUCCGACUACAUGAACAUGAUGGGAAUGAGCGGCGGCAUCAGGUCCUGCCGUAUGAUCCCCAUGCACAGAGGACAGUUCAGGAUGAGGAUCUACGAGAGGGAGAACUUCGGUGGUCAGAUGCACGAGAUGAUGGACGACUGCGAGAACAUCAUGGACCGCUACCGCAUGUCCGACUGCCAGUCCAGCAACGUGAUGGACGGCCACUGGCUGAUGUACGAGCAGCCCCACUACAGAGGCAGGAUGAUGUACAUGAGGCCUGGAGAGUACAGGAGCUUCAGGGAGAUGGGCUGGAGCGGCAUGAGGUUCAUGAGCAUGAGGCGCAUCACUGACAUGUGCUAAUUGUACAUUUUGAUGUCAAUAAAUCAUAGAAGUUUCUACUUUUAAA